AGGCUUCUCUGGCUGGUCUGGACUGUUACCUUAGUUGCCUUUCUCUUCCCGCACCGCCCUAAUUGGUGCAACGGAGGUUUCCAAGGUAACUGCGCAGCGAGGCGGGUCUUAGAAAGUGAGAAAUGAAACCCGGAAGUGACGCUAUAACUCUGCGCCGGCGGGAAGAGGGUUCGAAGAUGGCGGCCCGCAGGGGGCAGGGGCGCACGUGUACUACUGGAGAGUCCAUGGAGACAGACUCUCGCGACGCAGAUUCCGAGGGCCCGGCCCAGGUCUACCUACCCGGCCGGGGACCGCCGCUGCGCGAAGGGGAGGAGCUGGUCAUGGACGAGGAGGCUUAUGUGCUGUACCACCGAGCGCAGACUGGAGCCCCCUGCCUUAGCUUCGAUAUAGUGCGAGAUCACCUGGGAGACAACAGGACGGAGCUUCCUCUUACACUUUACCUGUGUGCGGGGACCCAAGCGGAGAGCGCCCAGAGCAACAGACUGAUGAUGCUUCGGAUGCACAAUUUACAUGGCACAAAGUCCCCGCCCUCAGAGGGCAGUGAUGACGAGGAGGAAGAAGAUGAAGAGGAAGAAGAAGAGCGGAAGCCUCAGCUGGAGCUGGCCAUGGUACCCCACUAUGGCGGCAUCAACAGGGUUCGGGUGUCCUGGCUGGGGGCGGAGCCUGUUGUGGCCGUGUGGUCAGAGAAAGGCCAGGUGGAAGUGUUCGCGCUGCGGAGGCUCCUGCAGGUGGUGGACGACCCCCAGGCCCUGGCCGUCUUCCUCCGGGACGAGCAGACCCGAGUGAAGCCCAUCUUCACCUUCUCUGGCCACAUGGGGGAGGGCUUUGCCCUUGACUGGUCCCCUCGGGUGCCAGGUCGCCUGCUGACCGGUGACUGUCAGAAGAACAUCCAUCUCUGGACACCUACAGACGGUGGCUCCUGGCAUGUAGACCAGCGGCCGUUUGUGGGCCACACACGCUCCGUGGAGGACCUGCAGUGGUCCCCAACCGAGGACACGGUAUUCGCCUCCUGCUCAGCUGACGCCUCCAUUCGCAUAUGGGACAUCCGGGCAGCCCCUGGUAAGGCCUGCAUGCUCACCGCAGCCACCGCCCACGAUGGGGACGUCAACGUCAUCAGCUGGAGCCGCCGGGAGCCCUUCCUGCUCAGUGGUGGGGAUGACGGGGUCCUCAAGGUCUGGGACCUGCGACAGUUCAAGUCCGGCUCCCCUGUGGCCACCUUCAAGCAACACGUGGCUCCUGUGACUUCUGUCGAGUGGCACCCACAGGACAGUGGGGUGUUCGCAGCCUCGGGCGCAGACAACCAGAUCACACAGUGGGACCUGGCGGUGGAGCGGGACCCCGAGGCGGGUGAGGCGGAGGCCGACCCGGGCCUGGCGGAGCUGCCCCAGCAGCUGCUGUUUGUGCACCAGGGCGAGACAGACCUGAAGGAGCUGCACUGGCACCCGCAGUGCCCUGGCCUCCUGGUCAGCACCGCCCUGUCGGGCUUCACCGUCUUCCGCACCAUCAGCGUCUGAGGCGCCCUUGCACUGGACGCUGGCGUUGAGGCCGGUCUCCCCGGCCCCCUGGAAGGGGUGCAUUCAGGCCUACUGACUGGACCCCCAAAAGAAGGGGCCCCAUGGAUUCUGUGGGCUUCGUGUUCUCCAAAGGACUUGGUUUGACCCAUGGCCUCGGGCAGCCACUGGCACCAAAGACCCCCACCUGGCAGAGGGCUCCACUGGCCACGUGUGGCCCGAGUACCCGAUUUCCGUCACCUUUGAUUCCUGGCUCGACCCUUCGACCUCCGUCCUGGGCCAGAGUCAGCUGCUGCCUUCCCCCAAGGGCUUUGCCGUGGCUGGACCCCAGUUCUCAGGGCUGGGUUCCUCCCGCCACCUGAGCCUGAGACUUCCCAGUGCUUUCCUGGAGCGGGAGGCCGGGGCUCCUGACUGGCAAUAAAGGACCAGAUCGGGCCCGAGUGUGUGCGCGGCCUACCCUCCCA